GCUCCUGGCUCCCGGCCGCGCUCGCAGCGCAGGCGCAGUCCCGCGCUCCCUCGGCGGCUCCCAGCGCAGUGCGCCCACCGCGACUGAGUGUAGCGGCGUCGGCCGGCUGUCCUCUUCCUCUUCUUCCUGUUUUAGGGCGCGCUCCGUACAGCGCUGAGAGCGCCCCUGAGCGCGGACAGUGACCGCGGUGAUUUCGUCAGCGUUGACAACUCUGCGACUGCCCGGGGACCAGCCAGCUCUAAUGGACUCUAGAAGUGAUGAUGUUAGGUGGAAUCUGCCCCACGUGAAGAGUUGCCAGUUGUUAUGGGACUAAGAAAACAAAUCUGUAAUGGCUAAAGGGUUAUCUUAUGAUGAGGCUUUUGCUAUGGCUAAUGACCCCUUAGAAGGCUUCCAUGAAGUAAACCUUGCUUCACCUACUUCUCCAGACCUUCUUGGUGUGUAUGAAUCAGGAAAUCAGGAGCAGACUACCUCACCAAGUGUCAUCUAUCGGCCACAUCCUUCAACUCUGUGCUCUGCCCCAAUUCAGGCUAAUGCUUUAGAUGUUUCCGACCUUCCCACGCAACCUGUGUAUUCAUCCCCCAGACGUUUAAACUGUGCAGAAAUAUCUAGUAUCAGCAUCCAUGUUACAGAUCCAGCGCCUUGUUCUACCUCUGGAGUCACAGCUGGAUUAACUAAAUUAACUACCAGAAAGGACAACUGUAAUGCAGAGAGGGAGUUUUUACAGGGUGCUACUAUAACAGAGGCUUGUGAUGGCAGCGAUGAUAUUUUUGGGUUGAGUACUGAUAGUUUGUCCCGCUUACGAAGCCCAUCUGUUUUGGAAGUCAGAGAAAAGGGCUAUGAAAGAUUAAAAGAAGAACUUGCAAAAGCUCAGAGGGAACUGAAGUUAAAAGAUGAAGAGUGUGAGAGGCUUUCUAAAGUACGAGAUCAACUUGGACAGGAAUUGGAGGAACUCACAGCUAGUCUGUUUGAGGAAGCUCAUAAGAUGGUGAGAGAAGCAAAUGUCAAGCAGGCAACAGCAGAAAAACAGCUAAAGGAAGCACAAGGAAAAAUCGAUGUCCUUCAAGCUGAAGUAGCUGCAUUGAAGACACUUGUCUUGUCCAGUUCUCCAACAUCACCUACGCAAGAGCCUCUGCCAGGUGGAAAGACACCUUUUAAAAGGGGGCAUACAAGAAAUAAAAGUACAAGCAGUGCUAUGAGUGGCAGUCAUCAGGACCUCAGUGUGAUACAGCCAAUUGUAAAAGACUGCAAAGAGGCUGACUUAUCUCUGUAUAAUGAAUUCAGAUCUUGGAAGGAUGAUCCCACAAUGGAUAGAUCGUGUCCUUUCUUAGACAAAAUUUAUCAGGAAGAUAUCUUUCCAUGUUUAACGUUCUCAAAAAGUGAGUUGGCUUCAGCUGUUUUGGAGGCUGUGGAAAACAAUACUCUAAGCAUUGAACCGGUGGGAUUGCAACCUGUUCGAUUUGUGAAAGCUUCUGCAGUCGAAUGUGGAGGACCAAAAAAAUGUGCUCUAACUGGCCAGAGUAAGUCCUGUAAACACAGAAUUAAAUUAGGGGACUCAAGCAACUAUUACUAUAUUUCUCCUUUUUGCAGAUACAGGAUCACCUCUGUAUGUAACUUUUUUACAUACAUUCGAUAUAUUCAGCAGGGGCUCGUGAAACAGCAGGAUGUUGAUCAGAUGUUUUGGGAAGUUAUGCAGUUGAGAAAAGAGAUGUCAUUGGCAAAGCUGGGAUAUUUCAAAGAGGAACUCUGAUGCUCUGCCUGGGACCAUGCAUGAACCUCCCUGAACACCUGGAAAAUGGCUGCAUAUUUUUAUGGUUACUUGAUAUUUAUUUCCAAGGAGUGGGCCCAAGACUUUUUCCCUCUUUUGCAGAUUACACUAAGAAGUACUGUGAUUUCUUUUAAAUUGACCUAUGCUGUGUCUGCUUACUCUUUAGUUGAACAUACUAUAAAGAAUUACAGGUGUACUAGUGAUUGUAAUUUAUAGUUGCAAAAAAAAAGCUAAAUAAAUAAAGAAAUACAUCAACGUUA